AUGGCGGACGAGGACGAAGUAGAAAUUCGAGGAGUAAAAAGACCUCUUGUUGAAAAUUACAGCGACGAUGAGGAGGAGGAAGAAGCCAGGAGGAAAGAAGGUGAGAAUUAGAUUUGAAAAUGAAGAAUAUGAGUUCAGAUUUGUGAAAAAUGUGUUCUCUUAGGCCCAAUUUUGGUGCUUGGAAGCUCUACCUCGUGUUUUGUCGGCGCAGUGCAGUAGUUAAUUGUUGAGGUGUGAUACAAAAAGGCUCGUAGAUUGUCAUAUUAUUUAUUACUAUCAUUUUUUAUUGCGAGUAUGACCUCUAGUUACUUUCGCAGGACACAAAAUAACCAAAGAACGCCUAGAUGUUAAAAUCCUCACCUCUUAUUAUGUUGGCAGAUAAACAGCGCAACUUGAAAUUUUAGUGACAGCCUUGUUGCCCCGUUUUUCCUUUUUCUGGUUCUUAACUAGGCUUUAUUUUGGUGGGAAACAUUUUAGGAAAGCUUUUAGGAUCGAAGGAGUAGGUUGCAGCAAGGAGAGUUGUGUUCGACCGUCCAAUAGCCCAGGGCUAGUGGAGUUUGCUAUCCGGCUAGUAAAUACGACGGUUCUUAACUUGCCUGACAAGCAAGUGAAGUUUUUUGGGGAAUUAAAAUUGAAGAACUGUAAUAAGUCCUGCUCAUCAAAAAGUUUUUGGGGCUCCUUAAAAUGACUCUUGACUAAUGCUGCAGGUUGCCUAAAUGGCAAGCUGUAAAGCGUAGGAGCUUAAUGUAAUGUAGAAUGGGCAAUUCUAGAAAAUAUCCCUACUAUACCAUGGACGGCUUCUAUAUUUUAACCCCCCACCUCCCCCUGCCCUUGGAUUUCUUAAAUGCAUCAUCGCCCCAUGCCCUCAAAAUUCCAUGAUCGUUAGCCUUCUUCCUGUUUGGAUAUUUGCCUUUUCAAAAGCGUUUUCAAGGAAUAACUCGUGUCUGUCCCUGGUGGAAAUUCCAUAUCUAUCCCCCCCACCAUGCCUUGGGAGUUCCAAUCGUAUUCCCUGCCUUGCCCUCGGAAUUCCCUUGAGCCAUCCAUGGUAUUGUAUGGAUAUUUUCUAGAAUAACCCAAUGGGCAACAAAAACAUGCAACUUGUUUUGCAACAUCGCUACAAAACGAGUUGAAUAGCGGUGUUGCAUGUUUUACCACCCAGGAAUCAACCUGUCUUGCAACAAAUCAGGUUGAUGCAGGUUGCAAAAAGUUGUUGUACAAAAUCUUUACAUGUUGUGCAUUAAUUUUUUACUGACCCAAGGCGAACUUGUUUUUUAGUAAGCACUUGAGGUAACUCUCAAGUACGACAUGACUCCCCUGUAAUUUUAUCCAAUCACAAGUCAGUAUUCAGGCAACUUGCAACAACCUGAUUUGUUGCAAGACAGGUUUAAACGUGGAACAACCUGAUUUGUUGCAAGACAGGUUUAAACGUGGAGUGACGAAAUGUGCAGCAUCGCUUUUCAACUUGUUUGGCAGCAAUGUUGCAAAACAAGUUGGACGUUUUCGUUCUGCAUUUUACAGUAGCUUUACGAGCUUUGGAGGUAUAAGGCAGUAUCAUUAUCAGUAUCAUCUUUUUUUCUAUGGCACUCAGUGCCAUUCAUUAUGAUUCAUAGCUCUGUGAUGCAGGGUUUACUUUCCUCUGUUUUUAGCCACGUUUUAAACAUUAACAACUCAAGUUGAAAUGUUUCGUUUUUCUCUUAGAACACAGUGCUUAUCAGAGCAGACAUUGUCCUUACCUUGAUACCAUAGACAGGUAGGAAAUGUUUAUUAUAACUGUCUAUAAACUGUUGGUGAAUUGGACUGGUUAACAGUUAACUGACAGAUUUUUGUGAAAAGCGUUUGACAGUUUCACCAAACAUUAUGGUCUGAAUAUCAAUAACAACAAUAUUAGUUGUAAGGUUCAGUACAAAACCACGCUGACAGAGGUAUUUGAAUUCUUAUUAGCUUAUGACGGAGAUUGGUCGAUCAAUUACAUAAUGUUUUUAAACAGGAACAGCAAUGUUUUGUCAAGUUUAAGGAUGUGUAUUGGCUUAGUUUGAAUUUUUAGACUUGAUUUAGGCUUGCUGUAAUUUUUUCUACCAAAACAUCCCAAACAUAUUGCAAUCUGCUUUUGGUUGAUGUAUAUGUUACAGGUCAAAUUUGAUUUCAGCUUAAAAGUUUUUAACCUAGGUUGAUUCUCAAUUUUUCUUGUCUUCUAGGGCAGGUUAAAUCAAAAUUAACCUGAAAUUAAAUUUGACCUGCAACAUAUAUCUUCUUUAAAGCACGUUUUUUCAAAAAAACAUCCUUGACUAUAAUUUCUAUGAGAUCUUUGAAAAAUUAUUGUAAUAGAGGAAGCCUAAUUAACAUUAAGCUUCAUAGUCUUGUUUAGGCAUCCUCGCUAUUUCUUCCUACGUUGUUUGUAUCUUUUUGUAAUUGUAAUCAUGUUAUGUGUGGCAAAUAAAAUACAAAUACAAAUACAAAACUCUUUAGCCAAAACAACCUGGUCAUAACGUAAAAUAUAGAAAUACCUUUUUUUUCUUUAUAGGCAUGUGCUAGACUUUGAUUUUGAGAAACUCUGUUCUGUUUCUUUAUCUCAUAUAAAUGUUUAUGCCUGCUUGGUAUGUGGAAAGUACUUUCAAGGUGAGUCCAUUAUAACUUACUGUUUUAUAAUUGACCAUUUUUUGAGAUGAAAGUUAUCAGUCUUACCACCUACAGACAAAAAGAUGGUUCUUGUUAAAAGAAAUUUUGAAACAUUGAAUAAGAUGAAUGCUUUAUAUCCUUAAUACAUUUUUGACCAGAUGAGGGAUUCAAAUAAGACCUGGCACCUGCCAGUGCUAUGGUGGGUAUUAGUCUGUUGUGAAUGACCUAUUUUGCUUUGAUUAUGUACCUUGUAUGAUGAACUGAAUGCUUUAAUAAAUUAACUGAAUGAUCUUAAGCCUUCAGUUGCUUAGACUUGCUCUGACACUUAUUUCUAAAUUUAAAUGUAUUGGUCAGAAUUAGCUUUCUACCAAGACCAAGAAAACUAUCAUAACUUGACCCAGAGCAGAUUUUUUUUAAUAGUUAAAGGAGUGCUGAACGAUACUGCAUCCACAAAGCUACAGUUGUAUACUGUUGAUAUAAGUACAGUGUAUGUCAUGGAUCUUGAUUGUGAUUAUUUAUCAGUCUGAUUUUUUUGUUAUUUUCAGGUCGUGGUCGGCAUUCUCAUGCAUAUACUCACAGUGUACAAGUCGAUCAUCACGUGUUUUUAAAUCUCCAUACGUUAAAGGUAUGCAAAAAUAGUUUGAUGAAGUGAGUGUCCUAAUCAUCUGUGGCAUUGCAAUUGGACUAGUAAAGUGUACAAAUUUAUGUGGCUUUGGUAACCACUGUCUCUGUGCCAUUUCUGCAUACCUGACAGAGUGAUGAAAUUUUUUUACCUGCAAACUAUUACAUCAUCUUACUUACUUCUGUAUCAGGGCUGUGCUCUAAGAAAAAUGAUUUUGUAGGUUGCCAAAAGCACUGAAACUGUAAAUUCAGGGUUCCCAGCAUAUUGAGGUUUGUUUAAAAACUAAGAUUCGUUGUCACCCAAGAGCAAAAGUUAAUUGCCAGGCCACAGGACGCUGCAAGCACAGCCCUGCAUACCCAGAAAUUUGCUUUGAAAAAGCUGAUGUUAUUAUGUUUUGUUUUUGUGAAAAGAAAUAAAAAAGUAUUUGCUACUGAAUAUCAAAACAUUUCAUCAGUAAAUCAUAAAAAAUGUCAGUAGGAGGCAGGCUAAGAAAAGACAAUCAACAGGCGAAAAGAAGUAAACAGCAGGUCAAAAUUUGUAUGACCUGCCAAUAAUAAUAAUAAUAAUAAAAAAAAUGGUAUACUGUAAUUUUUAUCUAUGUUGAGCCCUGCUUGAUCUGUGAUGUGGCGAGCUGGUACCCCCAGGAUUGGAACUCUAUUUGUAAUUAACUAAGUUAUAUUUCUUUUUAGUUCUACUGCUUACCAGAUAAUUAUGAAGUUAUUGACUCAUCUUUGGAUGACAUAAAGGUAAAUAAUAUACUAUUAGUAGUAGUCUUUAUUAUGAGGGAACUUUAAUUUUUCACUUUGUGUGGGCAUAUGAGAGGAUGAAUUUGACAUAAUUCAAGGAAAAAGAUCAUAAUAUAAUCUCGCAAUUCAUGUGUUUUGUAAUAAUGACAAAUCAGUGAACCACACUUCAGACCAUUACACUUCUUGUAAGAUGGAAAUCCCAAUUUACCGCUUGAAGCAACACUUCUUACCGCCUACAACCACUUGAAGGUUUACUAAAAUUAUAUAAGUAGUUUUAAAAACUGCGCAAGUUGUGAUCCAAUCAGAUCAAGAAAAUGAAAAUUGUUGUCUAAAGAUAACAACGGCCGAUUUGCAUAAAGUAGGUCUUAAAAUGAGGGAAUGAUAUCAAUGUUUCAAAGAACUUAGCUCCUCUUAGGGCGGGGCCAUGUUCCUCACUCCAUAUGGUUGAAGAGAUAUGGAAAUAGUUGAGGAGAUUAUUUUGUACAUUUGUUUUUUUUUUUCAGUAUGUCUUGAAUCCCACUUUUACUAAGGAUGAUAUAACCCAGUUGGACAGAUCAGCAAAGCUUUCAAGAGCAUUUGAUGGAACGACCUAUUUGCCUGGUAUUAUUUUCAUCAGUAUCUGUCUAAAAGAUAUUUUUUUGGUUAUUAACAUUUCAGAAUAUAUUACUUCUGUUCGCAAAUGGUUGUCUGGUGCAGUCAUUGAAAAGUGCAGGAGAAAAAGAAUUUUUUUUGAGGUUGCUACAACCAGUUGCAAAAAAAGCUGAGACACUCCAAAGAGAAACUGACCUUUUUUAAUGAAUACAGUAGAGUACAGACUAGUUUUAUAACUCUUCCCAAGGGCUUUUCAGAGUUAAUUUACAAUAAAUUAAUUAAGAAAACAAGGAAAAUAAAAUUAGCUUACAACAUAAUAUUACAGGUAAAUGUCUUAGGCUAAACAUAUUCUCUACAACACAACAAUAUCCAAAAUUAUCUUAGGGAAAAAAAAAAACAAAAUUUAUUCAAGGUGGCCUCUGUUAUAAGCCUGGUGGUUUUGCUGCUAGUCACACAUCUCUGUGAUAUAACAUACCUUCCCUCCCCCACCCCCACUCAUUUCCUCCCAUGCAUUCAAAGUUGCUCCCGCUCCUCCACGGUUUGAGCAUGGUCUGGUAUUGUUAACAUUUUUGACUGGGGGUGGGGGAAGGGAACGGGAGAUUGUGAGCACAAGAUCAUGGAGAUGCUGUUCAUUCCUAUCAGGUCUCAAGUAUUAAUGCAACUGCUUGUAGCAGGUUUCAGUAAGAUUGUGAUGACAUUUUCAUCCAGAAAAAGGCUUCCUUAGCUGAUUGAGUUUGAUAUUUCAAAUGCUUCACAAAACUUUUUUUCUUCUAGUGGGUAUAGCAACCUUCCAGCCAUAUGUAACGAUAUUAGUGGUUGAAAUGAAUCCACACAGUCUUACAUGAAAAUUAUUUUCCAUUUUAGGUAUUGUUGGGCUUAAUAACAUCAAAGCAAAUGAUUAUCUGAAUGUAGUUCUACAGGUAACAUUUUAUAAUUCAUAUUUCAUUUUAUCAAUGCAAGCAAUAAAUAAGCCCUAGAACUGAUCAGAACCUCUUCCUAUUUAUACUAACUUUACUUACUGGUAAUCAAAAUAAUGUAACAUGAAGGUCAGAGAAUGAAAAAAAUUGAUCACCAAAACAUGAAAUGUCAUAAAGUUUAAACAAAAGUUAGAGAACCUGAACAGUACCAUAAGCAGUGUAUAUUGGCGUGGAGAACAACGUGGAGAAUACUGGUACAUGUUGUGGUUAAAUUUUAUUCUCUACUUUGUUUUGGGGUAUGAGAAUGAAUGGUAAUGAUUUUGAAAGAGAGGAAAGUAUAAAUAUAAUUUAAAGUGGGGAUUAGAUUGAACUACAACAUAAUAAUACAUGUACAAUGUUAUUAUCAAGGCUUAGAGAGUUACAAAAUAAAAUGGAUGCAAUGCCUGCAAUGCCCCCCCCCUUAACCCUGCCCCCCCCUGCCCCCACCCCCCUGCCCCCACCACACACACAAUUUCUUGAGGUCUUGGUCUUUCGUUUCUUUUGAUGAUUUGAAGUAUAAAUGGCUCUUCUUCCCGAGUCAAACUACUUAGGGGUUUGAAAACAGGGAUUCCUCUGUAUAUUAUAGUAAGUACUAACUACUUUCUUUCAGUGGUUGACAAGUCAACUUUCCUAUUAAAUUUACUUUAGCAUAUCCAGUAACUUUUUUAUGGUGAAGGUGCUGUUUGUUUCUGUUUGAAAGUUACAAUUUAUAUCAGGAUCAUGACAUUUUGCAUAUCGCAUGAUCAAGUGCCAAUACCAAAAUAGUUGUCUGGUCAAUCAUGUCCAAAGGAUUUUGGAUACUCAAACUUUGAUGACAUUAUUUACAGCGUUAAUUUGUGUUUUUCAUACAUUUCUUACAACUGUCACCAAAGUACAUGAAAUUUACAGAGUUGAGAAUCCAAAUGAUUUUUUUUUUGUAAUUGUUUUCCACAGGCAUUGGCAUUUAUUCCCCCAGUCAGGGAUUUUUUUCUUAGAGAAGAAAAUUACCAAAACAUCAAGCGUCCUCCCGGAGACAUAAUGUUCCCUUUAGGUACAGUAAUAGAAUUUUUAUCUUUGUUUUGGUUUUUAGAGGUGUGCAUGGAUGCUUGCUUGUCUUUGGUCAGCAGUUAACAUUUUGUACAAGUGGGAUAUUUUGACAAUUUGUGACGCUGUGGUGGGGGUGGGCUUAGGGGCUGUAGUUGUUUGAUUGAAAUGUCCACGCUUAUAUUAAUUUUUGAUUUAUUUCAAUCACACCUCUCGGUUGCAUUAAAGAAUUACAUUCAAUAAACUAUGUGAUAUUGUUGCUACUACAUGCAUUGUCUACAGUCUUCAUAAAAAGGCAAGGAAUUUUAAAAGUCCCUGUUUUAUUUGUUUGGUUGUCUUUUUAACCACAGUCAACAGGUUUGGUGAGUUGAUAAGAAAGAUAUGGAAUCCUCGUAACUUCAAAGCCCAUGUCAGCCCUCAUGAAAUGUUGCAGGUAUGUUUACCUUUCACCAAACUUAUUCCUUUAAGUGCUGGAAUAGCAGUUUAGCUUCAAAAUCCAGUUCUGGCCCUCCUGCUGUGUUGCACAUUAUAUUAUUAGGGUGUCAAUAGGCAGUAAAACUCUAGGUAUGACUCUAAAGUACCCACUGGGGCCCAGGGGCACUUGCAAAGAUUUCCUCUGUUUUUCUUGUGCAAAGGGUGGCACUUUCUGUGCAAGUUUUGAUGGUCUUGGGGAGGUUACAAUGUUGAAACAUCACGCGGCUCUGUCUUGGAAGGUGCCUGAGUGUUUUAGAACAAUAAGAUUAAGUCCAUUCAAAGAUCUUAAAUUCUGUUUGGGAGCUCGUACCUCAACUUGGAGGUGCAGUGGCCAGUCUUCACAAUUAAGGGCCUUGAAUACUGGGGUAAGUUGAGUUGAGCUCUAUGUUGGAGAUAUCUGACAUGGUUAUAAAGAGUAUCAUUAUCUUCUUUUGUUCUCCAGGGCUCGAACUUAACUUUUGAACUUAAUAGUCAAAUGGCUAGUACAUGCUCGGGCUUUACUAGCCAUAAACGUGUUUCUAGUAGUCUAGGCACUUCUGUACAGCAUAAGAUUAAAAAAAAUGUCGAAAAUCCUGUGGUUAUCAAACGUUAAUAAAAACUGCAACAUAAGAAAAAUUUAAAUGCAUCUUGUCUUGUAUGUUUAGUUACCAUAUAAUAAUAAAUUUUACUGAACUCAACAAACAAGAACCCAACAGCACUUGCGCUGGUCUGCAGUUUAAAGUCCAGCAACCAGCACCUGCACAAGUUGUAUUGUCUCUACACAAUUUGCAGAACAUUUGGUUUGCUUCAACAUCGUUUGUGAGCCAUGGAAAGUCUUUCAGCCAGGUCCGUACAAAUUUUCGUUUUGAUGCAGAUUUACAUGUAGACGUGCUGCCUCCAGCAGAAUCAUCGCUUGCUCUCUUUAGACCUUUAGUUGUUUUAUUUGACAACAGAAAUGCCCUAAUAUCCAUGACAAUCAUGCGUGGACUGUGAUUGUAGAUUUGCAUUUCAAGAUGGUGUACAUUUGUUUUUUGGCUAGCUUUGCAUCAUGGGUACGGCCUGGCCCAUGCUCCCUGGUCAAACAAAAUUUCAAGAUGGCAGCGAAUAAACGCGAAACUGAAAACCGAAUUAACAAAUAUUAUUCUUUCUUUUAUUCAUGCCAGUUGUUAAUGGGGGAAUGAAAUAAGAGGUUACUAGAAGGUGCGGAUGAACUGGGAAAAUGUUGAAAACAUUUCAAGGCUUAUGUUGUUUACAGGUGCGAAAAUUAACUAGCCAAGAUGGCUAGUAAAUGAGCUAAAUCCACUAGCCAAAAAUCAAAAUCUACUGGUAUUUGGCUAGUAGACCACCGCCAAGUUCGAGCCCUGUUCUCCUAGUUAUAUUUGACUCUAAAUUUUUUUUUAGGCAGUUGUUCUGUGUAGUAAAAAAAGGUUCCAGUUCACUGAACAAGGUAAUGACUUAACUAUUUUCUCAAAAAUACCUCUCCUCUCUAUAGACAUUCUUAAAACCAUACUCCUUAUAACUGGCACAAAAGAGAAGGUGAUAGAAUAUUCAUUUAAACCACUUUCAUAUGGUAUUGCUCACAAGCUACAUGUUCAUCACGUCUCCUAAGCUUAAGAUCAACACAACAGAAGUUUCAGAAACUGUGUAAUAUUAAAACUUGCAGAUUGUGUUUUAAUAAGUCCUAACUACUCGACUAGUUACCUUGUGUUUUAAACUUGAUCAUACACUCAUUCUUUGUUAAAUAGACUAUGUACUUUCAAAUUCAUUUUUUCAGUUAAAGAGUGUACCUGUAUGCCAUGUUGCCAUUCAUUUUGUUUUGUUAGGUGAUCCUGUGGAAUUUUUAUCAUGGUUUUUAAAUUCUCUUCACACAACCCUUGGAGGAACAAAGAAAGCCACAAGCAGUUAGUCUUUAUUUUUCUACACCAACAUUGUUAGUUAGCAUACAUGUCUGUGUAUCAAAAAUGCUCAAUCAAUCUAAGUCUCAGGGCUCAAAAUAAUUUUUGGACAGUGGCCUGUGAUGUUGUCCUGCCAAAAAAGUGUUGGGUCAGUCGUGGCUCAUUUCUGAGCGCAAAAUGUUGAAAAAUAGCAAACAGCUAAUUGGCAUUCAAAAAGCCUCAGAACAAGAAUGUUUCAUCUGUAUUCUCCGAAUUUAUAACAGUACUGUAAGCAGCUAAAAUAUUUUAUGAUUUAACCGUUUUUGUAAUUUACAGUAUUAAUGUGACCAAAUAUAUUUUUCCAGUUAUUCAUUUGAAAGCCAUGCACUUGACUGGUUAAAUGACCGGCCAACUAAAAGUCUGUCCAGAUAAAAUGGUGACAUCUUGGCUGGACAUUGUCCAUUGACCGGCCGUUAUUUUAAGCCCUGAAUUCCUAUUUUUGUAAAGUGCAUUGUACCAUAGCACUUUCAGAUACUUGUGAUGUACCUUAUUAUAGGAAAUUAAUGCUCCAUGAAAUUAACACGAAUCGUUAAAAUUUCAUGCAACAAUUUAAGUUUCAAAAAUUUUUUGAGGUAACAAUGUUAAUUAAGUGCAGCGUUAAUUUCCGUCUUAAUUUCCAGUAUUUUAACCCCAAUUUUGGAACCUGUCCAGACAUUCAUGACACCUAAAAAACAUUAACUACAAGCUUUCUUUCUUUCCAUUUACCCUUUAUUUUUCAUCUUUCACAAAAGCUAAGGCGAAGGUUUACAAUAUUUCAAGUUCAUCUUCAUCGUUGUCGCUAUCAGAGGUGAUGCCAAUAUCUUCUCCUUUGAUUUCCGCCACCAACUGUGUCUUAAUCGCGUUAAUUUAUUUUAUUAUGAAAUUAUACCUCCUCUUUCGCGUUCAUUUUCUUUAUUCAAGAAUCGUUUUCCAUUAAAUUCGUGUUAAUUUAAGUCACGUUAAUUUCCAAUACCUUAAUUUCAUGGAGCGUUAAUUUCCUGUAAUAAGGUAAUAAGAAUAAAGAUUAGAGGUAAAUCUCAUGUCACAGUUUUCAAAAAUCUUUUCAGGUAACAAUCAAUGAAACGUUUUGGUGCGAAAUUUUUAGUUUUCAUUCUAUUUACACUAACAGUGUUUUGAUUUUAAUCUUAGGUGUGAUUUACAAGACAUUUCAAGGAAAGAUGAGAGUGACCUCUCGAAAGCUUCCUCAAACAGAGGUAUGUCUCUCUGUGUAAAAUUGUUGUGCAGGGUAAUGUAUGACUAUUGUUAUGAAACAAAAAACAUGAACUACUAGACAUGUGGUGGUCUUAACCUUCAUGUAUACCUCCACAUAGAGCAACACACAUCUAGUCAUAUAUUUGAGUUAAAUAUUGCAUUUCCUUGAAUAAACGGCCAUCCUCUAAUAAGCACCCUCCCCCAAAUAAGCGCCCAUCUCCUAGGCUAUUAAUAUCAAACAAGUGCCCUCCUCAAAUAAGCACCCUCCCUAUCACUUUCUUAAAAAUUACUAGUAGGGAAACAUAAGAAAUGCGAAGAUCUGCAUGUCACUGACGAGGAUGAACUUGACGAUGAUGAGAUAAUCAAUAUUAUGAACACCUGCAUACCGAUGCGUCUCUGUGUUUUAACACUUAAGAGUGUUUAAUCUGACAGUGGUACGCUUGAUUACAACUACUGUUUUAACAAAUAUAAAACUAUCAAUGGCCCUUUUCAUGCUAGAGACAUGAAAGUCGGCUUAAGCGGCUUUAAAUAAGACAGAUUUAUUAAAUGUCUGAUGACUUUAACGUUGUCUUCUGUUAAGUACAUCAUUCAGAUGCACUUAUUAUCAGACGUUAAAGGCAUCUAGUGUAAAAACGGGACCCCAUAAAUUGGGAUUCAUUUAUGUCCAAAUCUUCCAGAGAUGACCGGGAAGAGUCAGUGUUGUUGUUGUCUUUUUUUCAGAAAACUCUAUCUUUUUCCUUGUUAUCAUCUACUUUUAUGCAUCACUUUUUUACGCCAGUCGACUUUAACGUCUCAGAUGCCAAAUACGUCUUGUCGACUUUAAUGUCUCCAGUAUAAAAACGCCCAAUAUUAAGUUUAUGUUUCUAUGAAGGAUUUAGCCGAAACAAAGUUACACUUCAUUGAAAGAAAAACUUAAAAAAAGCACCCCUCAAUUGAGGACCCUCCUUCCAAUAAGCACCCAGCCUUUUAGCAGUAAUUUUAAUUAAGCGCCCGGGUGCUUAUGCGAAUAUAUAUAUAUAUAUGGUAAUAUUAUUGAUUUAGCUUCUCCUUUUUACUUUAGAAUGAGGAAGAAAUUAAGAAGGUUGUUGAUGAGGAGGAAUACAAAGGUAAGUUAAAUCCAAAGAGCUAUUUUUCCAGCCGAUGUAAUCUUUGUCUCCCUUACUAAGGAUCACUUUUACCGAUCACCAGAAGAUCAUCAGACAAAGAAUAAAAAAAUGAGGAGAUAAUAACAAUGAAAUAACAUUUCAAAAAAUCAAAACUUCACCCAAAUAGUGGUAUUGUUUUGUUUUCAUUCCUAAUCCCACGCUUUAUUUUCACAUUACUUGUCCUGUUUUGCUCUGCCAAAUUUAUUCCUUUGAGUUUCUUGUAUAAUUAUGUGGAUGAAGUUAACAUUGUGAUGGAAAGUGAGUAAAUUUUCAGUAGGUUCUUAUCAAGUUAUUCUCUCAAAUUGCAUUUACACUUAGCAUACCCUGCAGCAUGUCUCUGUAGGAAUUCUCAACAAUAUUAUUUGUCUUUUUCUUUCUGUAUAAAAAGCUUACAAUGAUAUUAACUCUAAAAGUACAGUGUAAUUUAUUGGAUAAAGACAACUGAAAUGGACCACUUUGGCAGUACUUUUUGGUUUGGUGCUAUUUAUUGUUCAGUAAAGAUUUAUAACCUGAAACUACUUCUGCCCAAUUCAAGAAUGAAUUUAAAUUAGAAGGAGUUGAUGGAGUCUUGAAGUGUAGCUCUAUCUUUUGAGUCUGUUUUUGAAAAUAACAUUCUGGAUUUUUUGUUGAAUCUUGACUUAAGCCAUUUCUGGAAAAAAGUAAGGAGAGGUAAGCAGACUGUAAAGGAUGUUCAAUGAAUCUUAACUGUUACCGAGACACUGACUACAUUUGCCCCAGAUAUCACGUACAAUAUGUCACUUGAUUUCAUGGUGUGACCUUGUUAGAAGUUCCGUUUUGAAGCUUCAGAGGAAGAAAUUUUAUCUACAAUAAAUUAUGACAAAUGUCACUGUUACUGUUGCUGUGACUUUUCUUCAUUAGAGACAACAUCUAAUUCUCCAUACAUGUAUCUGAUGUUAGACAUUCCGCCAUCACCUUUGUACAAGGUAUGUGCCGAGUAUUUUAACAAGUCAUGUUUGUUGCUGUUUAUUUAAUAAAUAUGUUGCACUGACACCCAAUGGGAAUUAAGCUGAACCAGAUACAGCUCUCCAAUUGAAAGCAUGCUUAUUUAUUUAAAUCGUAAAAACUAGUGAUAACCAAAGGUUAUGGAGUGCGGGCGACAACGAUCGAAGGUCAAAACGAUUUUGCUCCAACACUUUGCUUUGCAUAAGUUUCAAGUGACAGAUGGUCAAAACAUGCUUGAUCAGAUGACAAGUGACAGAUGGUCCAAACAUGUGUGAUCAAAUUACGUUCUGUGCAUUCCAUUCAUUCUUAGUAGAAACGAAUGCUGGCUACAUACAUGAGAUGCAUGCGCAAUAACUACCUGGAGAUUAGGAUUGCAGGCUCCUCUUGCCACCUGCAAUAAUGAAAUAUUAGAAGCAGUAGUGAGUCAACAAUUGAUAAUUUUCAAAUUCCAUAUGUAAACUGUUGAAGCUGUGAUCAAUAUUCUCUGUGUUGUUGGAUUUUAUUUAUUCCAAGUAAUUUGACGUGACCUUUUAAACAAAGAAGGUGUUUAAAACACAAAAAAGUCUCCUGUUCAUGGGAAGUUUAUUAUUUUUAUUGAUAUCUUGUAUUUUUUGUUGUUUAGGAUGAGUAUCAACAGAACAUCAUUCCACAGGUAUGUAUUGUUGGAAAUGUAGAUACCACAACACUAUUCACUUACUUCAAAUUGUUUAAUUAUUAAAAGUCACAGUAAAAAAAUCACACCCAUAACACAUCCCGAAUACUGCUCUGGUCUCAAGUGAAGUGAAGAAUCUAUAUUGAAUACAUAUACUGUUGGAAAAUCUAAAGUUAGGGAUCAUUUUUGAUUGACGUCAUUGUUACUUGAUGAUCUCCAAAUAAUGAUAAAAUUGUCAUGCUCUUAAUAUUUCCAAAUGUAUGUAGUAACUUUAGGAUAAUAUUAGUCUCAUUUAUAAGAAAAAGUCCAAGGCAAUUUUUAUUAAACUUUAAAUUUACUGGAAUAUUCUGCCUCAUACCAGGUUCCAUUGUUUCAACUCUUAAGCAAGUUUGAUGGCAAAACAGAAAAGGUUUGUUAUCAUGCAUCAUUUAAUGUUGUUUUAGCAUGCUAUGUGAAUUCUGGAUACUCAUUGGCUAACUGGAGUGCAUUUGAAAUGUAAUAUGCUGUGCUUGGCUUAUUAUUAUUUCCCUUUCAUUCCAUGGCCGGUGCAUGUGUUUACACUGUAUUUGUAGGUAAAUAAGACUUCAGAAGUCUGGUGAUUUUAACCUUGUGAGUGGAGGCAAUAAAAAUGUCGCCUCUGUUCGCAGGGUAGGUGAUCUUGAUCAGCCUGUUCAGUCAAGAUGGCUGAAAAUUGCCGGUAGACCAGUUCUUUCUUUUCUUUUUCAAUGGACCUUGACUUAACCUUGGUCCAUGAAAAUGCACGAAAUAACCUUUAGCCAUCUUGACCGCGUAAUUUUUAUUGUCAAUAACACAUGAAUUGCAUUUGCUGGCUGUAAGACGAAGUAAUUUGAAAAUUAUUUAUCCUGCACUUGGCUUUUGAUUUUUUUAAUUUAUGGUCAGUGCAUGUGUUAAUACUGUAUUUGCAGGUAAAUCACUGACAUCAGAAAGUCUAGUGAACUUGGGACAGAUCAUAAGAAAAAAGAAAAUGACUGUUUUAAUCAUUAGAUCUAUUCUUUUUGUAGGAAUACAAAACAUACAAGGAAACAUUUGUCAAGAAGUUUGAGCUCACUAAACUACCAAACUAUCUGAUAAUGUGCCUGAAGGUAAGCUACAGCUGUAGGUUAAUUACCUUGUAACAGAUCCAAAUACUGUGUCAUUAAGUACUACAAAUAUAUUGUUUCAGAUGACAGAUAGCUUAACCAAUGUCAAAAAGAAAAGAAUUCUUUUAUCAUAAGAAGUAAACCAGUACAAAAGUACUCAAAAACUCAAAUUUUUUCAAAGUCGCAUUUUGGCAACCUGAAGCUAUAGAAUGAUCGUUAGACAUAAAAUUGGUUGCCCAGCUAUAACGGAUCAUUAGCUGAGUCUGGGAAACUGCAUAGCAAUGUGUGGACCCUUCCAAGGUAUUUUUACAAGUUUUGAUAAAGGCUGGUCAGCGAAUAUCCAUUCACAUUGCUGGAAAGAGCGGCUUAAAAUUAGGAAACUUGCCAAGUUUAAGAAGGGUGAUGCGUUAAAAGCGAGCGAAGAUAUCGUUCCACAAAGUCGCGAAAUUUUACCUAGGUUUGUAUUGUUGGGGGCAAAAACUUGCACCCCACCAUACAAACGUCGGUAAAAUCGGCGACUCGGCGUUAGUUUUCAGCAAAUCGCGUUCAAACAAACUUGGCACUUUACUGAGAUUUGAAGGCGUUUUUUCAGCCAUGUUGACGGAUUUUCGCAUAGUGGUCCCAGUCAAAGGGUAAAACAACCGAGGAAGAGUCUAUUUAGAGGUACACGUGACUACAUCUCGAGGCUUUAUUGCUGGACAACCAGGGUAAAAGGGGCGAUAUACGGAAAAUGAAGCUUUUAAAACAACUAUUUCGUAAAAAUGUCUGUCUCACUCUGAAAUGGCUGUAGAAAGACCACAGAGUAACACAACUAAUAUAUUUAAGCACUACAGCUUAGAACACGAGCCCCAAAUUCAGGUCCCAAAUUGGUGAAUUUCGCUGCGCGCAGUUUUAGUUGGGUUGCAGCGUUGUAAAUCGUGAUAGCUGAGACCAAGUCUCAGAAUACCAACCACUAGUUACUUGUAUCAAACCGCUACUACAACUUCUGAAUAAUAAACAGAUUAGACUUUUCUGUAGGAGUACAGAAUGUUAUAGAUUAAGAGGUUUCCCGCUCAGUUUAAUAAAGAAAGAAAGAUUGUGAUGAUAUUUAGUAGACGAGGUACAAACUUGAGUGCCUGGCAUGAUUUAGACUUGUGACCUACUAUGGUUGGUUUGAACUUUACUUUUUGUAAGGUGUCUUCACUUUCUUUUUUCUUUCUUUUUUUUCUUUUGUUUUUUUUGCAUAGAGAUUCAAUAAAAAUAUGUUCUUCAAGGAGAAGAAUCCAACAGUAGUAAAUUUUCCUGUCAAGUAAGUGUUAUAGAGUAAUGAUGUGUUGUGCAUAUAUUUUGUGAUGGGAAGUUUUCAAGUUUGAAUUGUGCGGCAGAUUUGUCCAGUAGAAGUGCAAAGAGGAGAGAGGGACAGUGGAAGUCCCCAUACACAUUCUCAAACCACAUUGGGGCAGAUACAGUGCGGAAACCUGUAAUAAGGGCACCCUCACAACACCCUUGUUAGUGUCAUUUCGAUAGAGUUGUCCGCUAAAAAGUGUUGUCUAGUGGUCUGGAGCUGGUGGAGCAACUUGUUGGGCUAACACUUAAAUUUUAAGACAGGCAAGCAACAAUUGCCGAGAUGAAGUUAAAAAAGUUAAUGUUAGAAAGGGAGCUGGUAGGCCUGUACUUUUGUUGCGGGCCAGUAAACGUCACCGCUUGCCCUACCGCACCUUGUGAAAUAAAAACAGGUUCAUUUUGCGUGUUUGGGAUUUCCUGAAGUUCGUCAAUAAUUACAUACAUACAUACAUUACAUACAUACAUACAUACUUUAUUGGCUCGUUUCACUGUAAUUUGGUGUUUGGUUAUUUCACUUCAUCUUUAUUUUAUUAUUGUUUGGGAAUUUGACUUGAACUUUAGGUCCAGUAUUGUUUCCUUUCCAAGGAAACAAGGGAAUACCUAGCUAUAGAAGAUCUGCUUGAAGGUGUAUUUUUGGGGGGAGGGUGGUAGUGGAGACAAGUAAGGAUAAAUUAGAUCGGAUUUUUCUGUUUUUACCUUUGGGCCUUCGUAAUUUGUAUUUUUGUUAGAACUCAGAGGAUGAACUGUUAUCGGCGAUGAUUGUGUUUUUGUUGAAUUCAAUAAGCUACGGGCAUUUCACCCUAGCACUUAGCCUCCCCCGCAGACAUUCUUAGGGGUGCAUCACGCGUUGCUGGCAGGAACAAUGCCAUUAGAAUUCUAACAUGACUCCGAGGCUUUCUGGUCAUUUUGCAAUUUUGACCCUAAAGCCUCGGAGUCAUGUUAGAAUUUUAACAUAUCGAACAUGGGCCAUUGUUUCAGCAGUAUUUUAACCACAAUUGGUUUAUUUUCAGGGGGGUGGACAUGGCAGAGUAUUUGGUCUCAGAUCCUGCAAUACAAGAUGCCCAUCCUCACACUCAGUAUGAUCUGAUAGCAAAUAUUUGUCAUGAAGGAGAACCUGGAAAAGGUUAUGUUAACUGUCUUCAUAUUUAGGGAGCUUAACCACCCAGGACAAAGACGGCGACUAGAGCUGCAAAAAAGCAAUUGGUUUAGAUUGACAAAACAAAAACCUCUGCACGUGCAUCACACUUUUCUGUACCUUUCUUUGCCCUCACUGCCCGACUACGACGUGAAACUGCCUAAUUUCACUUUUGUGGUGGCCGUGAACACAAGAUAACAAGACAACAAUUUUCUAAUUCUUUUCUUAGAACUUAGAUACAAUCCUUUAAAAUUCAACUUCAUACAAAUUCACUAACAUUUGGCAAAUUGAACGACAUGGAAUAAGGAUGAAUUUUGAAACAGCGUAAAUUCACUUUUUAAUUUUCGCUACCGUCGUCCUCGUUGUUGCUCACUCUUAAAACGGACCUGGGCAACCAGCAGAACAUGACUGUUUUGUGUUUUUGUGUGUGUGUGUGUGUGUAUCCAAAGACAUCCAUUAACCGAUCAUUGUUUUCGUUUUCCUCCCGAAACGAUUUCAGAGUUCCUAGUGCUGGAACAAUUAGCGCUAGUGAUCGGCUAAUCGAAAGUGUUCAACAGGGUUCAAAAUGCUUGCAUGUCCUGUGGGGCAGAUCAGGGGCCCGUUUCUCGAAAGUCCCGGUAACUUUUCGGGCCCGAAAUCAAAUAUUCAAAUCGAAAUAUAAAGAAUAAGAGCGCGGGUCCUGGCUAGCAAAAUACUCCAUUUCGUUUCAUUAACUGAUUGUUUUAUCAUGUUAGAUGCAAAACUAUCGAAACCUCGAUCUUUAAUGUAAACGGACACAGCUUAUCGGGCCCGCUGAUUAUCGGGACUUUCGAGAAACGGGCCCCUGGGUACCUAAAAAAUUCUCUUUUUGGUGAAAAAGUGGAGCAACUGUGAGGAAACAUCCCUUAACUUUUCUUUUUCCAAAUACUCUCUUCUAGGUAUAAACUUGGAAGACACUCCAGUUACUGAUUAAUUGAACAAUACUGAAAGAGCAUUUUUAAUCCCAGUGUUAGUUAAAAUCACCUUUUUGGGUGUUGAAUGUUUUUGCAUUGACAAUCCUGCUAUUGAUGCUUAAUUUUUGAUUAUCUUGCUCUCCACAGGUGCUGGAAAUUUCAAAGUUCACAUUCUGCACAAAGUAGGUCUUCCCAGAUGAUAACGAUCCAAAUAAUGAGAAAACUAAACACAUCUUGAAAAUGUGAAUCACUUUAAAACACGGAGGUCAAGGUUGUUUCCUGGUGUCGCGGACGGGGCGGUCACCAAAGGACGUAUUUCAGCGAUUUUUGUAUGACCUGGAAAUGAAAACGCGCGAACGAAGUAGAACGGAAAUAGAGCGAUUUGAUUGGUUUAUCGAACGGAUACAAACGCGCGUGGCUUUUGGUUGGUUAAGCGAACGCGGGUGAAAAAACUUCAUGCCCAAGAACUUUCUAGAAAUCAACCGAUACUUCGCUUUGACGUCAUACUGCAACACGAUUGGCCAAUCGAACAAUGCCUUCUCCAUAUUAGGGUUUUCUUUGGCGGGAAAACGAAGAGGUCAUGUUUUGAUCUUUUCAUUCACUGGCUGAUAAAACAAAUAACGAACACCUACCGAAACCAUUUUUCAAGGAAAUACGAAAAUCGUUCUAUAAAAGAUUGAAAAGACCCUGAACAAAAACUGAACCAUCAAUUAGCCUGAGAAUCAAUAGCCGGUUGCUAGGGAAAGGACGAAGAGAGAAUCGCAAAGAGUAGUCCCUACUUCCUCUUAAAAUCUCAAAAACUAAAUCCUCAGCAGAAAAAUCAGUCUUCCACAAUCCCAAAAAUUAGUUCUUGCAAAAUACUAAAACUGAUCACCUGUCCGCAAAAUUUAACCCGCGCGAAAAAAAAAAUCCGUGAUGCACGGUAAUUAGGAGUACAGAAUAUUAUUAUUGUUUAUGUCUUGGCAAAGUGCUUUAGUUAUGCACUCGUGUACUGAUGUAGUCUUUGGGUACCAUUUAUCUAAGGGAGCUAACAAGUGGUACGAACUUCAAGAUCUUCAUGUUAAAGACAUCCUUCCUCCAGUGAUAACGCUUUCUGAUUCCUACAUACAGGUAUUAUUAUACUAAGAAUAUUCUGCGGUUUAUUAGUCAAUAUAUUGCUUCAUCUCGUCAUUUGAGUUUUAAGAGCUGUAGGAACAGCAAGCAGGGUUCUAUCUAGGGUAUUUGAGGGGUAGAAGCUCCCCCCCCCCCCAAAAAAAAAUGUCCAGCCUCCCUCCGAAAUAUAUUGUUAUCAUUACAGUAUACAAGUAACUAUAUAGGAAAAUCAUCCAGACGCGACGAAGUCAGUGCACAUGAAGUAAGUAUUCCCUGUCUAAGGACACUAUAUGACAAGAAACAUGAUCACGACUAUAAAAUAAAAUACCACUGUAACAUUUCUCAAAAUUGUGUCUCAAAAUGCACCAGAUUGCGUCUCAGCACAUAUUCAUUUCAAAAAACUUCCGGUCGGCAACCUCCUAGCUCUUCAAUUCUCCGCCUACUUUUGCAUUUACCCAGCAACGUGAAAUGAUAGCCCUGGGUAUAGGCUAAUACUGCAGGCACAAAAUAAAAGUCACGUUUUUCCAUGUUAUUGUAGUUGAUUUCACAUUUCAAUAGGAGCAAGUAUUGGCACAGUUGUUUAAUGCGCGACCUUCUUUGCGCGAGGUGCAGGGUUCGAUUCCUAAGUGUGAUCUCUAAUCCUUGUUUAAGGACUUUCGAAACCUGUAUUUAGGUGCGCUGAUAAAAAGAGAGAGAAAGAGAGGGAGAGGAAAGUACAAUAAAUGCAUUGUCGGCCUCAGGAUCUUUAGUCAUUUGAUGACUAUUUUGCGCUACCGACGUAAAGUAAGGACCCUUUAACGUUUACGGAAUUGUGUUGAGCCAAAGCCAAACUUUAGCUCACCAGUAUAUGCAAAUACGCCUCCAAAUAAAAUUUAGAAAAACUUGAAUUGAUGGAUAGUCUACGAAGCCGGCGGGAUCGUCGGUGCGCGUUUUGAGGCAGAGGAGUGGCGAAACCACGCGGAGAAUGGGGCAGAGACGCAUUGAAAUCCAAAGUAAGAUAACUGAAGCAGUCUUUGAGGAGAUGAAAGUGUUAGUUGUUGACCCUUCUUGACCACAACACAAAGUUUAAAACAAAAUUUAGCGGUCUUGCCAUCUUGGAAGUUCGUCUCCCCUGGUCUCAUGAUAUUUCACAAUUACUCUGUAGGGAUCGUGCCCACAUAAGUGAAAAAGUGCGGAGAAAAGGAAAGUGUUCUAUCUCCCAUCACUCGUAACCCAGACUUUCCUUCCUAAGCUAAAAAGAGUUAUCCGAUAAUCUCAGAAACUCUUUUAAGGCUGGUGAGAUAACUUUGUUGCCAAGUCGAGGAUAACUUUUCUUCUUUUCUUUAUUGCAGAUAUACGAACUACAAAAAGAGUCGAACACGCAAAAGACAACAGCCACGUGAAUUGGAGUGAAGAAUGAAGAUUGUUUGCCCUAUUCAUGAUGCAAAUUCAUAGUUGACUCAGCCUGUAUGUUAAACAGUACAGAGAACUUUAUCAGUGUAUUCACACACAUCCCGGCUAAUAAAACAAAAUUCCAGCCCCAAACCUUCACUUCUCUCUCCUCGAUCCACUGGAAAAACUGUGCCAGUAUUAGUUUCAUCUAGUAUUUAUGAUAAAGACUUAAGAAGCGAGAAAAAUUCUUGUUGAUAGCAAUACAUGUUUGUUUUGUGCUGUGGGUAUUUUUCAGGGCCCCGUUCACACGAAUGCAGAUAUUUUUGAAAACUGAGUUUUUUAUCCGUUGUAGCCUUCCGUCCACAAGGAAACGGCGUUUUUAGGUACCAAAAUGCACGUUUUCAAAAACGGUCCCCCGGGUGGAGAUUUUUGAAAACGCUGGCUUCUCGAUGUCAUACAUAAUACAGCGCAUGUCCUGUAAGGAAUUCAAUUGCAUGUCCAUCGGUUUAGCGUUUUCGUGUAGACGGGCGAAAACGAUUCUGAUACGGUACGUUGGGACGCGUAUUUUUUGAAAACGAAGAGAAGAAUCAGCGUUUUCAAAAAUAUCCAUAUCUAUAUCCCAGGCGAGCAGAGUAUUUACUGAUUAUUUCAGACUCUGCCCAAUGUAAUAAUGUAAAGGUAGUUAAAUCACUGCAGCUUCUCUUUCCAUAAGAUGUACUUCAAAUGGGUCUUACUUGACA